UGUGCCUUGCAAGGCUGACAGUCCAGGUUCUUCUCAUAAUGCAUCUGGGGGGUGCAUCCGAUUCUUGGCAAUAAUUGAUGUACAGGACUCGAAAAUGGGUCGAUACGUGUGUGUUGUGGGAAGGACGGCAAAGCAGAUCCUUGUGUCCUAUAGCAUUUUAGGGGUUAAGCCUAGAAUAGAUUUGAUUGAGUGGAAAGUGGUGGGGAGAAGUGGAGAACUGACGUCAAAGAUCAAGGCUGGGCCGGGCUGAGCCUUCAUCAGAAAGGUGCUACUAAUACGCAGGACAGAAGAAGAUACGGUUGUAGAGGAGAGCCGACGGGAAGCAGCCGCAAACUCGGCCAGAGGGCGCUACAGCCCCGACAAGUUGCAAAUGCGACGAGGCUUUGCUGCCGUCUAGCAAAGUGAAGCCCAACCUGUGCAGGUGCCUUCAAGCCCACCCAAAAAAAAAAGUAGCUACAGUUUCAGGAGGCCUGAGACAGCGAGCAAGAGGUUCUUCAUGUUGCCCUUGCCCUCCAAGCGGCAGCGAAAAGCUAAGUCUGCCCGCCCCGACAAUUCUUCAGAGCGCCCCGGACAUGAGGGCGAGGGCGGCUGCGGCACUUUCAGCACCGGCUCGCGGCGCCUGCUGAGCCAGCGCCUGCCCAAGUGCGCGCGCUGCAGGAACCACGGCGUGGUGUCCAGCCUCAAGGGCCACAAGCGGCUGUGCCGCUGGCGGGAGUGCGCGUGCGCCGCGUGCUUGCUGGUGCUCGAGAGGCAGCGCGUGACGGCCGCGCAGGUGGCGCUGAGGAGGCACCAAGACCAGGUGGCCGGCCAGGUGAGUGGGCGCGCGCGCCUUGCGCGGGGAAAAAACCCAGCAGGGGCGGGAAACACGACGCUGGCGGCAGAAGAGGGCCAGCAGGGCUCCUCCUCGGGCCCCUUUCUCCUUGCUGACGGCUCUGGAGUCCUUAAGAGGCCAUAAAACAACAAUAAUAAUAACGGUGAGGAUGAUGGUGACAGUUAAUAAUAAUUUUAGUGUUUAUACCCCGCCCAUCUGGCUGGGUUUCCCCAGCCACUCUGGGCGGCUUCCAACAAAAUAUAAAAAUAAUAAUAAACUGUCAGACAUUUAAAACUUACCUGAACAACUUGCUUCAGCACUGAGUUGUAUUAAUUUUGGUGGUGGAGCAGCAGAACGGUUAGUAAUGGCUAAAGAAAUCCUCUCAGGCGGCGGUGGCGGGUGGGGAAAUGGCGGAAACGCCUCAGGGCAUGUGAUGUGGGGGCCCCUCAGAGGGCCACACUUGCCAGUAUAGGCAACUAUGGAAUAGUCGCUGUUUAAACCAAGAACGUACUAGUCCCUGUAUAAGCAGGAUCCCCGCCAGAGGCAUUGCCUUUAUUCGUUGCAAUGCAGGAGCAUCUUCAGCUGUGAAGUUUUUUCCCCUGUAGCAAAGCACAAAGCUUCAGCUGCUGAAUUUGCUCCUGUAAGUUCAGCUGGCUUUAGUUUUAGCUUCAUUGGUGCGUGCUCUGGGCAGUGGGAUGGGCUUUUUGCUUAGCUUCUGGGCCUGUGCAAGCUUUAUAGGGCAGUAAGCUUUUCCAGAACAAAAAAUAAAACAUCUGCAUCAGGAAGACCUUUCUGGUGGUAAGUGGUGUUUGACAUUGGAAUGGACUCCUUGGGAAGGUGGUGGACUCCUCUCCUUUGGAGGUUUUGAGGCAGAGGUUGGAUGGUCAACUGUCAUGGAUGCUUUGGUUGCAAUUACUGCAUUGCAUGGGUUUGGACUAGAUGACCCUUGAGGUCCCUUCCAACUCUACGGUUCUAUGAUUCUAAGUGACACAAGAACAAACGGGGAGGAUGUGGAGCUGAGGAAUAAUGUAAAGAAAGUAACCUUAAAACUGCCCUCUCCUGAAGCACCUUUUCCUGAGAAAGUCACUGGAAUCUGGUUCUGCGUUUCAGCUAAAAACAAGUCCCAGUCUUUAGUGAGCUUUGCCUCAUGUAGAUCGAAGUUGAGUAACUUUAACUUUUAAAUGGGAUGGAUUCAGUGUAAAUAGUUUAAGCUUCUUAAAUUACCGUAAUUUGGGUGCUAGUGGAGCUGUCUGGGCCUGGCACUGUAAUUGGUUUACUGCUAUUGAAGACAAGUUCCCUUUCUUUGAGCUCAUGUUAUAUGUUGUAUGUAUUUAAAACAGCAAUAAUAAACCCCAAUGUAAACUAUAUAAUUGUAAUGCAUCCUGGGGGAAAGUUGUCUUUUGAUCAUAAUGCAACUUUUCUUAUUUGCUUCCAAAUAGCUUGAAUGUUUUCAGUAUUAUCUUAGCAGGCAAGCACGGACAUUGUUAGUAAGCAAAAAUAGCUAUGGUGUUGCUGAAUGUCCUCUUCUUUUUGUCAUUGCAUAGGUUAAGAAAGGAAUGAGGAGCAGUGAAUAUUCAGUUUCUGGCCACAGAUUAAACUUCCAUUGCAAGACCAAGCAGACUGCCAGGUUGUUGGCUAGACACUCACCGGAAGGUAUGUGCCGGCAUGUAGGAAAUACACUUGAAGCAAAUCUAGUAGGUUCUUCCCUUUUAAUGUAUUCCAUUAUAAAAUGUGGUAUUGAUAUAGGACAAUAAGUUGUUAUAGCUGUGAAAUGAAUGUUUAUUUUAUAUUCCUGACACAUUCCAUAAAUAAGUAUCUACUUAUGAAGACCUCUUUAGGCAUGACUCUCCAAACCCUUAAAAAACAUCAAAAGAUUGUGUAAUAAUGGCAUUUCUAGUCAAGGACUCUGGUUGACAUUACAUUUCAUGAGUGAAUACUGGAUGCCUUCCAGAGAAGCUAAGUAUACCUAAGUGCCACUGAUUUGAGUAUGAACUGAGUGUUCUUGAUUUUAUUGGUGUCAGUUGUAUUUAAGCACAAAGGCUGCUUCAUAUGUCUUAAUUACAUAUGAUAUUACCUACACUGGUGUAGUUAGCUGUUAGCUGUUGUAUGUGACAAGCGUAUGGGUGCACUUUCACUAUGCUACACUUUCAACUAUACAACGUGUACAAACAGUUAAUGACUGGCACAUGCAACUAUUACCUGUGAUGUGACAACUUACACACAGGUUUCUUAGUAAUACCGUUUUUACCGCGUGAAAUGCUUUCUGUAAAGGAAAUGUGUAAUGUUUGAAAGCACCUAAUGCCAGGCUUUGCACAAUAACUGUCCUUUUCCUUUGGAUCUUGUUGUAGCAAAUAGUCCACCCUCCCAGGAAACAGAGCAUUGCCUUUCUAGCCUCAGUGAGAGAAUGAGGAAAAGAAGGGCAUUUGCAGACAAGGAGUUGGAAUCAAUAAUGCUGGAAAGGGAACUUCGACAAAGAACCUUUGACAGAUUUGCUGCCCAUCAGAGAAGACAGCUGCUGAGCAGAGAGCACUUACCAGCCCUUGAGGAAAACAUAUUCCAAAGUGGACAUGAUUACCUUAAUUACUUGACAUGCAUUAACACUGGUAUGUUGAAUAUUUGUUUUCCUUUGCUGCAUUCAAAUACCAAGGUUCUAGACUAUGGACCUUGCAUUUAUAAAAUCACAGACACUUCUCCUUUGAAUGUAGCUUUUAUCACAGCAAGCCAAACUGAAGGUGGCACUUCACAGAAACGUACCUGUGAGGAGAACAUGAAUAAAUACCUAAAUGUAUACAGAGAAAAUAAUUGUGACUGGAAGGAGCAAGCUCUGUCCAGUGUCUUUUCCAGAGAUCUUCUCUUACUUGAGAAUAAUUGGAGCCCCAAAAUAAUAAAACUCCAAGAAAAUAAAGAAUUAAGAGACGUGGCAGCCAGAUAUUGUAUUUUGUGCAAUCAUCAUGCAAAACAAGAAAAUCACAAUGUUAAUGAUACAGGUCUUGAAGUCAAGGAGGAUGUAAGGCAUUUAUCUCAAGAGUGUUGCUCAGAAAUAAACAAGCAGAUACUGUCUUUUUCAGUAGAAUCUUUAUUAAAAGUUUAAAUAUUUAAGUAGCUUGGAUGGCCAGUAUUCUUAUGAAAUAUUAAUAAGGAAGUCUCUCUACUAAAUAAAUAUUCAUAUUGUAUGUAUAAUUGUAACUCUUCUGCUAGUAGUUAACAUCAUUGACUCCUGUUCCAUUUCUGAUGUAGGGGGAAAACGUUCUACUUUGUUGUGAUACAUUGGAACUAGAUCAGUGUGUUCUGGUAAGAGUGAGGAUUUGCAUCUUUAUUUUCAUCAAUGUUUAUGUUUGUAAAUGUGUUCGACUGGGCUUUUUUCAUCCAUCUUGUUUUGCUUAUAAGUAAAACAUUAUUUGCUUGUAUGAAGCUGCAAAAUAUUACCAGGCAUAUGGCUUCCAGUAUAUUAUAAAAUACAGUGUAACUAUUUGCAGAGGAAAAACCAGGUGAAAAAAUAUUACAACAUAGCAUAAUGUCAUAAAAUGGCAUAACAUAACUUUUUGUUUUGAUCAAAUUACUGGAAGUAACUGUGAUACAAAUCACCAAUUUUUGUGCCUAAAGUCCCUGCAAGUCCCUGCAACUGCAGCUUCUUUCAAACAGGAUCUGAAAAUCUAGUUGAAUAUCCUUUGCUGAAACAGGGUAAUUGGUAACCAGCAUUGCCAUUUGAUUAGCCAUAUCAUUCGGAUUAUGAUAUGCUCCAAGCAGAGAGGCUACCACUGCUAUAAAAAAGAAAAACAUGCACCCAAACUGACAAAAAAAUAAUCUGGGACGAGGAUGGGUCACCACCACCACUGUCAUGGAGAAGAGGGUCAGCAGAAACAGAAGGGGAAAUUAAAGAACUGGGGUGUGUGCAGUGUGAUCUGUCCUGUACCUUUUAAGGGUGGCCAUGCCCACUGUUGUUUCUGGUCAAGAAGGUUUUACAGAUUUUGUACUGUUUUGAAAACCUACAGAAUCUGUUUAUCAGAAGUGGUGGUAGAAUAAGUGCACAUGCUAUGAGCAGCUGCCCUCCUUUCAAGCUUAUUCAAUUCUGAGGAUGCAAUCCCAAGCACACUUACUAGGGAGUUGGAUUCAUGAGCAAAUUGGAGAAUACAGCCAAGCAGACAUGCAAAGAUAGGAUUUGUGCUGUGAAAAUCCUCUUAUCCACCUCCACACAAAAUAGUAUGUGUAUGGAAUUGAACUUUACUGCUUUUCACUGGAAAUAUAUUGGACACUACUACUAAGGGCACAAGCCUAGACAGUGUGUCUGGAAGUCCUGGGCUGCCCAGGCGACAGGCAUUCCGUACUACUUUGAUGAUAGAUUCUUGGCACCCUUAUUACAAAUAAUGAAAUAGUGCAAUACACUUCAAUUCUGCUAUCUAAAACAAUAGGCAAGAAAAGUUAAAGUUCUCAAGAUACACAUUACAGUUCUCAAGAUACGCAUUACCUUUCCUACAAAAUAUAAAUAUUGCUGGAGCCAGUAUUUCAUUCUAUACACAAAAGAAAUUAAAGCACUAGUUGCCAAUUAAUUUAAAUACUAAGGAAACACAUAUUUCAAGCUUUGGGGGGCCAGUUUAACAUCUCUAGGUCUUGCUUUUAGUCCCAAAUAAUAUGCCCCAAAUAAUAAUUUGCCUUAAUGAAGCAAGUGUAUGUUCUUUUCUUUAAAUUUCCUUUAAAGAUAGUAUAUUGGUUCAUUUAUAGCGUAUAGAUUUUCCCAGCUCUUGGUCUCCAUUGAGCUCUUGCCUGAAGGAGAGCUUUGUAAAUCAUGGAAACACUCAUAGCAACUGAAAUGGUUAAAGUUACUGUAUUUCCCUACAUAUUGAGUCAUACCACAGAAUUAAUUUGCCCAACAAGAAUUCACGCAGCUAGCUUAUAUAAACACAGGUUUUGUUUUUAAAAGAUUGGGUUGCUUCAUUUGUGAAAAGGUCCAAAUGCUCUCAGCUACCAAGACAAGUUAUUCUCUGCACAUUGCAGUCAGGCUCUUUUUACAGGAAAUGACCAAAGUCUGCUCUUUCCACUUUCCUUUGCUUCCUGCAGGCUUCAUGAUAUGCCUCUUAUGGGCUGCCCUCUGCCAGUGAAGAAACAGUAGGGAAUGACUGAGAUGAUUGGCUUAUUUUUGUUGCCUCUUGCUCCUUCACAACCUGAAACUAAGUAAAGCCGCAAUAAGGAAGGGCUUUUAAUUGACCCAAGCAUUAUUUUGAUGGAGGGCUAUCCCACAGUAGUCCAUAAAGAUUUUAUUCUUUAAAAAUUACUCCCAUUCAGUGAUUUGGGUCUUCCAGUAAAUUGGGUCAGCACACACUGGAAAAUUUUCUGAUAUAAGUAAGGAACAAGAGAGUGUAGACACUUAGGUACAGCUUGUGUCACUCGAGGUGUGAGUUGCUUCCAUGGAAUAGCAUGCUUAAGGUGAUGCACCACACGCAACUCUACUUGGAAUAUUAAUAGUUUGACUUCACUUAUCUAUGCUCUGGACUGGUAACAUUCAGGUUAGAUUACCUGUAAUUCGGUAAUCAGCUACUGUGUGUUGCUGGUUCUCUGAUUGGGAAUUUGAUAUAUAGUUUGUUCUGGAUAGGUUCGUUCUCCUCUUGAAAGAGUGAGCUCAUGGUCUUGGGGCUCUCCUUGACCCAGUGCUGUCCUUGAUGGUCCUGGUGGCAAGGAGUUCCUAUUACUAGUUUGUCAGUGAUGGCCUUUCCUGGUUAGGUAGCCUUGCCAUAGCAACACAUGUUAUGGUAACUUCCCAGUUGAAUUAUUGUAAAGUGCUUUUUGGGCUUUGUGUUGUUUAAAAACUGUAGCUGAUGUAAUUCUGAGGAUGUUGAGAAGUACUGGCGGUUGAAACCACAUAACAACAUUUGUCCUGCAGAACCUGCAGCACUCAAUACAAUGUGUUAAUGUUGAUGUAUAAAAAAUGAUCAGACCUAAAUACCUCUCUCUAUACAAGUCUGCCUGUAGAGUGAUGCGAGAAAAGGCCACCUCUGUGGUGGCCCCUUCUCUUUGGAAUGCUUUCCCUGUUGAAGAUUACCUGGUGCCGACACUGUUAGCUUUUUAGUGCUAGUUAAGGAGGCACCUCUUUGCCUAGGCUUAUUGAAGAGAUUGAAGCAAUAUAGUCAGUUUUUGAGCUGGGCUAUUGUGAAAUGUUUUGGGAUUUUUAUCUAACAUUUUGUCAAUGCGUUAUGAUAAUGGUUGGCUUGUUAGUGUUGGCCUGCUGUGGUUUAUGUAGUUAUAUGUUGUAACCUGCUUUGGGAUCAUUUACAAUGAAGAGCAGGCUUAGGAACUGAAUAAUAAAUGAAUGGAUGUGUGGUAUAUGGGACUGCAUUUGAAGACAGAUUGGAAACCUCCGUUGGUUUAGAAUAUAGUUAAAAGAACUGCUAACUACGAAUGAACAUUACAGUUGCACUGGCUCAGUGUCUAUUUAUGAGUCAAAUUCAAAGUGAUGGCAUAUACCCCAGCCCCAAGAUGUGAAGGGAUUUCAAAGGAGCUGAAGAUUUACAUAUAAACAAAUGAACUAGGCUUCAUGUUUUCAGCUCUUCUGUAGGUGUCUUGUUAGAGAUGUCCCUCCCCUGUAAUUUGCAUUAUUGUGGUGCCUGAUGAAGACCCCUUCCCCAAAAAUUCUCUAGAAUUUAAAAUUUAUUACCUCUGCUGCUGGUUUUUAUCCAGUUUUUGCUAUUGCAAGUUUUAGCUUUUGUAUUUGAAUAUAUUAUUGUGUAAGUCACAUAUUUUAGAAGGGCAGGGUAGUAGUCCAAUAAAUAAAUAAAGCCACUCUAGCUUCUCAUACUUUAUCACACUACUUGUGUCUUUAUGCUUUGCUUCACAACCCCUGGGUUAGAAACUUGAUCUUGUAAUGUAAACAAUAAAACCUGACUUUCUCUGAAUUUUACAUAAGCCACUAGAUUUUGUGUUGUGCUGUAUAAAUACAGCUUGCUUGACCACCUGAUAUAAAAUGUGCAUUUGAGAAAUAUCCUAUUGGUGCGUUGUAACUUACCCAGCAGCAGUUAAUUACUCAGAGGCAAACGCUUUAGCUAGUGUGUACUCUCCCAAGUCUUGCUGUUUUGAUUUGAACAAUGAAAUGGCCAAAGGGCCAACAGUGUUUCUUUUGUUAGGAUAAUAUCAGCUUCACAUGUCAAUAUUUCUCUUCCCC